UGGUGCCCUGGAGCCUGGCAGGGCGUCUCAGGCAUGUAUAAAAGCAAGUUAAUCCAGUCUGCAGCCUUCUACUGUCACUGUCUGUUGCUACAGGAUGCUCGGAGGCUUGGGGAAGCUGGCGGCCGAGGGCCUGGCCCACCGCACUGAGAAAGCCACUGAGGGAGCGGUUCAUGCAGUGGAGGAGGUGGUGAAGGAGGUGGUGGACCACGCCAAGGAGGCUGGAGAGAAGGCCCUUGCAGAUGCCCUAAAGAGAGCCCAAGAAUCAGGGGAAAAAGUGGUGAAGGAGGUCACUGAGAAGGUGACCCACACUGUCACUGACGCUGUUACCCAUGCUGCAGAAGGCCUGGGUAGACUGGGGCAGUGAGUCCUUCUACCAGCACGGCUGCCUCUUCCUGAACAUCAAUAAAAUUGGUGAAAUGUGA